AUGAAAGCUUCAUCCCUACGGAGGGAAAUCAUUGGAAUUAAGCAACACAAGAGAGAAGCCUUCCACACCUAUUGGGAGAAAUUCAAAAAACUUUGUGUCCGUUGUCCUAACCACGGACUUACCGAGUACCAAAUUCUCCAAUAUUUCAUUGAAGGAAUGACUCCAAUGGAAAGAAGGCUUCUUAAUGGUUUAAGUGGCGGAUCUUUACCCGACAAGACUCCAACCGAAAUCCGCAACCUAAUCAAGAACAUGGCUGAAGAUUCUAAACAAUCAAGCCAUGAUGAAGAAUGGUACACGGAUGCACCCCGAGGUGUAAAAGAGGUCCAAACUACUCAAAUUGAAGCUCAAUUAUCCGAGCUUACGAAAGCGGAGGAUAUUUCGGGUCAAACCAAAGGGGAUUUGAGCAGCCAUGGGCUGACCAAAGAUGGAACAACAAUCAAGGUUGGGGAGGAAAUCAACAAGGAAAUUAUCAACCAAAUCAAGCACAUCAAUACCAACAAAAACCACCCAUUUCCUCAAAAUCAACAAAGACCACCUUUUCAACCUCAAAAUUUCCAGCCAAGGCAUCCACCACAACCACCUCCACAAGCGGGUUCAUCAAGCAUGUCACUAGAAGAUAUUGUCAAAAGCCUUGCCACCAACACUCAAAGCUUCCAACAAGAAACCAAGGCAAGCAUAAAAAGCUUGGAGCAACAAGUGUCACAACUGGCUCAAUCCGUUAGUAAGAUGGAAUCACAAGGCAAGCUACCAUCUCAAACCGAGAAGAACCUGAAAUACAAUGCAUGUGCCAUUACCUUAAGAGGUGAGAAAAGCUAUGAAGGUCCAAGGAUGUCGGAUGAAGAAGAGGAAGAGAAAGAGAUUGAGGUAGAAGAAGCUGUCAAAGAAGAGGAAAGGAAAAAUAAUUCAAAGUCAAAGAAGCCAAUAGAGACCGAAGUGAAAGUCACACCAGCUCCAUUUCCUUCAAGGCUAACAAACACAAAGAGAGAAUGGGAAGAUGACGAAAUCAUGGCAAUGUUCCGAAAGGUUGAAAUCAAUAUCCCUCUUUUAGAUGCUAUUACACAGAUUCCUAGAUAUGCUAAGUUUCUUAAGGAACUUUGCACAUCUAAGAAAAAGCUUAAAGGAAAUCAAACUAUGAAAGUUAGGGAAAAUGUUUCAGCCGUGUUACCAAAACGACUACCAAAAAAAUGCAAGGAUCCAGGUGUAUUCACGGUUCCUUGUAAAAUGGGUAACCUUUUCGUGCUCUUGGAGCAUCAAUUAAUGUUUUACCCUACUCAAUCUAUAAAACAAUGA